AUGCUAUCUUUCCUCUCUCUUCUCCUAGUCGCUGGUAGCGCCAAUGCAUGGUUCAGACUCCCAUGCACGCUGCCGCUCGUUCAAGAGCGCCUUGACCCUAUCGAGCAGCCCAGCGUAAAUCCCUCCAAACAUGUCCAUACUGUACACGGAGGAUCCAACUUCGCGGCUGACAGCACCUACCAAACCAUGCGCGAGUCUCGAUGCACUUCAUGUCAAGUCGGACAGGAUCUCUCCAACUAUUGGUUCCCCAAGCUCUACUUCAGGGACCCACAGACAGGACUAUUCGAAUCUGUCGCCAACGGUGGUCUCCUCAUCUACUACCAGAACCGCGGAAGCAUGGACGUCGCCAACGGCGGUCCUGGGCUCAAAGCCUUCCCGGAAGGGUUCAGGAUGAUCACCGGGGACCCGACGAAGCGCAGCUUCCCGUACGUUCAGCUAUCGAGCACACCGUCAUUUCCUCCUGGCUUGGGCACCCAGGCCGAACUCGCGGAAAGUGCCAUCGCCUGGCUGUGCUUGCGCUACACGACGAGCAACCCCGACUAUGGAGGAACGGGCGGAUUUCCCACUACGGACUGUGAGGCCGGGUUCCAAUCUAGGUUGCAUUUCCCUGCGUGCUGGGACGGCGUUCUCGACAAUGGCGAUUGCCCCUCUACGCACCCCGUGGGCCUCAUGAAGCUCUUCUACGAGAUUACAUGGAAUAUCCACGACUUUGUCGGGAGAUGGAACGAGAGUGACGGAUGGCCCGAUCCGACAGGAUACGGAUGGCACGGCGACUUCCAGAAUGGAUGGGAUGUCGAAGCUCUGCAAGAUGCGAUCGACAACUGCAACAACCCCGAUAACGAUACUAUCAAUGGCGUAUUCACCGCUUGCUCGGUAUUCGAUAUCAUCAGCGCUGAUACCACUAAUGAGUGCAGAAUCGCUGCGGUGGUCGAUGAGGCUACGGAGGGUACGCUCGCGAAGCUCCCUGGAUGCAACCCGCUGCAGUACGGCCCGGGGGAUGCUACGAUGUAUACAGAUGCAGAGUGCCCAUCCUGA